UCAUCUUUCCCUGUCUCUCGCUCUAAGUCUCUAACCCCCAAAAAUUUAGGACCACUUUUUAUUUCAUUUUUUAAAUUUUUUUAUAUAUUUAUAAAAACAAACAUCCUCGGACUGAGAUCUUUUCCACUUGACUCAAAAUCAAAAGGAGUGUUCCAAGGUUCUCUCGAGCAAAUCUGGUGGUACUCUCUGGGUCUUGAUCGAUAUGACGACCAAGACCAAGAGGUUCUUGGCCCUCCUCCUGAGGGUGAUAGCUCUAGGAGCCACGGUAGCUGCCAUUGUGAUCAUGGUCACGAGCCACGACUCGGCCACGGUCCUCAAUCUCACUUUCGAAGCCAAGUACAGCAACACUCCUGCUUUCAGGUACUUUGUGAUUGCAGAAGCUGUAGCGGGAGGGUACAGCGUCUUGGCUCUGCUUCUCUCUUUCAAUAGCCUCUUCAGUCGCUUGGUUCUCAUGAUGGACGUGGUAAUUGCAAUGUUGCUUAGCUCGAGCAUCUCGGCUGCGCUAGCGAUUGCUCAUGUGGGCAAGAAAGGGAAUAGUCACGCUGGCUGGCUUCCCAUCUGCGGGCAGGUCCCGAACUUCUGUGACAAAGUCACGGGUGCUCUUAUCGCGGGUUUCAUUGCCUCGAUCCUGUACCUCCUCCUCAUCCUUUACUCUCUUCACUCCGCUCUAGCCCCUCUCUUCGCCCUGAAACCAUGAACUUAUGCUAUCCUGAAGAGUACAGCCUCGAAACCUAUAUAUGGAGUCAACCUUUCAUUUUCUAUGUUGUUCAGUUCGAUCGCUUCGCAGGAGGAUGAACAAGUCAUUAACAGUCGGCCACUGACUCAUCGAACGAUCAAACUUUUGUUAUUUCCUUCGUAUAUUAUAAUAGUGUGUACUAUUGCGUGUUUAUGUAGGUAUCAAAAAAUUAAUAGUAUGCAUAUAGUGUCGUACUAGAUAGAUGAAUGCUUAUAAUGGGGACGAGAGCUUACUUGUGUUUCCAAAAGAUGAAUGUGCAUCCACUUUUCAGCUAUUUGGUUA